UGACAGUACUAUGGCUGUUAAGGAUGAUCACGACUCUGAAAAUGACAGCUUUGUUGUAGAUGCUACAGUGCAACAUGCUCAGAAGGAGGAUAUGGAGAAUACUUCCCAGCUGUCCACAAAAGAGACAGCACAAAGAACUAGAUACAGUACAUCAGGCCAUAAAGUAUCUGAGACAGACAGCUCUAUUCACUACAAGACCAUCGACAAUAGGAUGGACGAUAUGUCUAAUAGACUGGAGCAGGUGCAACAAAGUGUUGGUCAUGAAGAGGAAAAAGAUACGGAAGAUGGUUAUCAGGAGUGGGAAGACAGAGAAGACAAAAUUGAUAAGUAUAAAAAAUCUCACUCACAUGUGGAGAAAGAAGAUAAAAAGAAAAACAGAUUAUCGAGAAGUCUGAGAGGAAGGUCUACAGGUAAAGAUGAUUAUGAAGAGGAAUUGGAGGAGGAGAUGGAGACAAGAGAUACUAUGUUAAAUCAGUCAGACAGAAAAGGAUCAUAUGAGAAGGAACAGAUGAGUUCAUCAUAUAGGCAUAGAUUAAGGUCCGCUGGAAGUAGUUCUGGUGAGAAUGUGGAGCUGCAGUUAAUACCUAAUGUGCUAGAUGAUGCUGAAGAUGUGCUGAUGGAGGCAGACCAAGGUAACAGGGACUUCAACACUGAUAGGUCCAUAUCUCCAAACAAGGGAAGUGUUGAUAUUCAAAGGUUAAGAGUUCAGACAAGUAGGUCAGGACACCAUAUAGAGGCUGUCCAUCAGCACCAGUCAAGGGAAGGCUAUGAAGGGGAUAGAAGUGAGCAGAGUGUAGAGGGACUAAAUGAAAAGAGUUCAUCUAUGGAACACAUUUUCUCAGAUGCUGAUGUGCCUGAAAGACAGAAUUCUGAAUCUGAGGAGAAAAAAACAGAUGAAAGGAAGAGGUCUCUAUCUGAGAAUAGGACUGAAGGUGCCAGUGAAGAGGAUGAAGUUAUGGAAGAAACUGCUGAUGAUAUGGAUCAAGAUGUCACACAAAAUCAUUUGUCACAGCAUGAGAACUCUCAAGACGAGACAACACCGUCAAUAAUGAUCCAGUCAACCUAUCACGAUACACCAAUUAUGACAAGGUCUCCCAGAAAGCUUAGACGAAGCCUUAUUGAUACCAUCAAUGAUAAAGAUGGGGAAGAGGGCAAUGGGAACACCAGUGUUGAUGAUAUCCAGACCCCCACACCAAUACCACCUCCUCUAAAGCAGAAAAAAAUCUCAUUUUCUUCUGGAACUAAGAAAAAGGAAACAAAGAAAAACUCUGGACCUGUACACACACUUAGGCUAUGGCAGGGUGAAAUGGAGAAACGUUCCAAGGGAUCUGUCCUUGACCUGGAUAUUGUUCUUGAUGACCUUGAACAAAAACUUGAAGCAGCCAGGUAUUAUGGAAAAGAUUUACCAGCCAUUAAGAGGAAGGAAUAUCAGCUGCUGAGUUAUGUUCGGAAAUCAAUCACUAAUACAAUAGAAGCUGUUCAAGACAUUAGACAGAAGCGUUCAGACAUUAUACGGGCAAGAAGAAACAUCAAAGAGAGCAGGAAUGAGUUGUCCCAUCUACAACAGAAAAACAUCAGACUUUCUGACAAGCUAGAAAACAAGGAAAAUGAAAAGAAAUAUCGGGAGAAGUUACUGAAUGACUGGAUAACUGGCUUUGAAAAUUUGAUGUUAGCAUCUCACAAGAUCAAAACUAAUCCAGAUGUGAAGAAAAUGGUUGCUUUUGGCUAUAUACCCAAGAUAAAUUGAGGAUUCAACAUAGAAAUCAAGACCAGAGAUGUACAUACCUGC